AUGCCUUCCUCCACGGCCAUGGACUCGUACGCCUCUCUGAUCGCGGCGCCCAUGACCGUCGCCCAGCGCAAACACCUCCUCAAACAACUGCAGUCGCCCGCUACCAUCUCUACGCUGCGUAGGCCGGAGAUCCUGAUGGACUUCUUCACCGACAGUCUGGACAUGGGCGACCUGGGCCUCGCGGUGCCUGCUCUGCAAGGCCUGUUCCAUCUCAUCACCUCCCGCAACCUCGAUUACCCAUCCUUCUACCCCCGCCUGUACGCUCUAUUAGACAAAGACCUCCUCCACAGCAAGUACCGGUCGCGAGUGCUCCGACACUUGGAUGUGUUCCUCGCGCCGCAGAACCAUCUCCCCGCCGCGACGAUCGCCAGCUUCAUCAAACGGCUGUCUCGGUUGUGUCUGUUCGCGCCGCCCUCGGCCAUCGUGGCCAUUGUGCCUUUCAUCUACAACCUGCUCAAGACAUAUCCCACCACGACCUUCAUGAUCCACCGCCCGCCCUACCCUCCGUACACAAAGUUCAAACACAAUCUGGGCAAUGACCCCUUCAACCCGACCGAGUCGAACCCGCAACUCACCAACGCCAUCGACAGCUCGCUGUGGGAACUCGAGACCUUACGUUCACAUUAUCACCCGACGGUGGCAUCCAUUGCCCGCAUCAUCUCUGAACAGUUCACCAAGCAGCAGUACAACCUCGAGGAUUUCCUUGACCACGGGUAUGCCAGCUUACUGGAGAGCGACUUGACAAAGAAAGACAAAAAGCCGCCGGUAGUAGAAUACAAGAUUCCCCGGACGAUUUUCUCCGAGGAACCCAGCGACGACGAUGCUGGAAGUCAUGAAAGGAUGGAUAGGUUGCUGGACAUCUGGGAUUUCGAGUGUUGA